AGCUCAAGACCGUUUAGAAAAGCCCUCAGUAUGUCAUUUAUAAAGCCACUACAGAGGAGGAAGGGCCUGGAGGAGAAACGCAUGCUGUAAACUGUCUGACUGGAUCGAGUUUUCUUGUGAGGAGCUUGAAUAAACAACAGCUUCAGCGAUGAAGACACCAUCAGUGCUGAUCUCUGCUCUGGUUCUAACUAUGCUGCUCAACCCGCUGUGGAGUACAGAUGCCGACACCUUUCAGGGCGCUUUCCCGCACCCAAACAAGUACAACCCAAACGAGUCGGAAAGAUGCCUACAACCACCCAUCGGUGGACUCAUUUCUCGGGGUGCUGGAUCUGUAAUGUCAACCGACGAAGUGCUGGAGUCCAGUCAGGAGGCGCUGCACGUCACGGAGCGUCGGUACCUGCGGCUGGACUGGUGCAAGACGCAGCCGCUCAAGCAGACCAUCCACGAGGAGGGCUGCCUGAGCCGCAUCAUCAUUAACCGGUUUUGCUACGGACAGUGCAACUCCUUCUACAUCCCGAGGCAUAAUUACCAGGACGGAGACGUCUUUCAGUCCUGCUCCGCCUGCAAACCCAAAACCUUCAGCACCGUAACUUACACCCUCUUCUGUCCGGGUCAAACACCCAGCACCAGGAAGAAACGGAUCCAGCGCGUAAAGCAGUGCCGCUGUACAACAAUUGGUACGGAUUAGACGCAAACUAAUACAUCCGGGACGAUUAUAUCCUCCAUAGCUGGGGGGAAGGUGCAGCUUUGCAAAAAUAUAUAUUUAAAAAAAAAAACCCGGGAAACUUAUUUUACUUAAAGGACACAUCUAAAA